AUGCCCACCUGGCGCACUCUAGGCGUCCGACCUCUCCGGCCCUUCUUCACAGCUACCGGCUAUGUCUGUCCACCAUGUCGUACGCGCCUCUUCUCGACUAUAACGUCACGCCCACUCCGCCACUCGACGCGCUUGCUGUAUGCCGAAGCCAACGACCACGACAAUGACAAGACUGUCUCUCACAAGCCUGUCACUCCCGAAGAUGCAAAUGCGACCGACGUUCAAGACAGUCCUCACGAUUUGUGGCCCUUCAACAAGGAAGACUUGAAGUCGCCCGAAAAGACCAAGGAUUUGGAAUCGCAUGCCGACAAGCACGAGAUUGCGGAAAAUCAAGAAGACGCAGAGCACUCGAAACAGCCUGAAGCAGAUCCAGAUUCGAUUUCGAGUUCUGACUCAAGUCUCAUCAGAAAAAUAAAAUCUUUCGACAAACAUAAUCGCCCAGACUCUUCGCAGCCAUCCGAAGGAGAUGACAAGGCCACCGAAAGUGAUGCUAAGACCACUCCUUUCAGAUCUAUCAAGCAAUUGAGUGGCAAUUCUCCAGACACUGCGGAAACACAAAGCACCAUAAUCGAUUUUUUCAAGUCGACAGACCCAUCGGCCGCUUCUUCUCUUUACGAUGGAGGCGCGAUACAAUCUUUGAGAGAUGCCAUGCUGUCUAUCAAGAAUGAUCCUAUUCCCUUUCCCAGAAAAACGCUGAGGAGACUACGGACCAGACGCAAGCGCUUUGUCAACAGCCCCGCGCCUCAGACCCCUGAACGUAUCGCAAAAGCAGAGAAGAAGAGAGAAUCAGAUGAAAAACGUGCUCAAAAGUAUCUUGCUGAAGGUCUCAAAACCAUGGAUGCUUCCAGCGUUGAGUUGCAACGCUUAGAUAUCGAACAACCGCGUGUUCCUCGUUUACACCACAGCCUUGAUCGCGUCCUCUUCAUGCAUGGUGUUUACCAAUUGCAAGAUAGACGUUCCAAGGUCUACAACUUUGAUCCCUACUUACAGAAGAUCAUGCCUGUAACCGAGUUUGAUUACGAUGCUCUCACUGCCUACAAGACCUCUUCUCAAGACAAGUUCCUCUCAGAAUUUGCUAAAAAGCAUGGCAAGAAAUACGUCGGCUCUACCUCUAGCAUGACAAGCACCUUGACCCAUUUCCACUAUCUUCUUUCGUCCUGGCGAAAGAUCAACACCGACAUGUUCUCCAGAGACUUUCCAGACACGCUGCAAAGCUUCACUGCUCUUAACCGUACGCCUACUUCAAUCUUCUUGAGACGUAAAGGCGAUACUUACGCCGUCGAUGCGGACAAGGAACACGACGGUGCCAAUGUUCUGAUGUUACUCGGAAGAUCUAUGGAGAAACUCUUGACCAUGCCGACCGAUAAAUUUGAGCAAUACAGAAAGGACAAAUCUAGUGGUAUCUCUGAGGUGCAGCGUAACCAACCCGAGGCAUACCACUACUCCUCGCUGGGCGACUUCUUAUUACGAUCGCAACUCGACGCUCAAGAUGAUCGACUACCCGGUACUGGCAUGUUCGAUAUCAAGACGCGUGCUGUACUUCCGAUUCGUAUGCAGUCACAAGAUCAUGAGCCAAUGACCGGAUAUGAGAUCACACAAGAUCAAGGUCAGUACGAGAGUUUCGAGAGAGAGUAUUACGAUAUGAUGCGCAGCACCGCCCUCAAGUACUCUCUACAAGCUCGUAUGGGACACAUGGACGGCAUUUUUGUUGCGUAUCACAACGUCAAGCGUAUCUUUGGCUUCCAGUAUAUUAGUCUCAACGAGCUUGAUCGGGCUCUUCACGGUACGCAUGAUCUCACUCUGGGAAACCGUGAGUUCAAUCUCAGUAUCGGCUUGUUGAACGAAAUCUUCAAUAAGGCUACUGAGAAGUUCCCUGAUCAGACCAAAGCUGCUGAAACGCUUCCAUCUAUGUACAUCUUUGCAGAGCCCAUGAGCGAAGAGGACAUUGAAACCAUUCAGAACUCGCAAAAGGAAAAGAUCGCCGAGUGGGAACGCAAUCUGCGUGACCCAGCCUCAAAGUUGAAUAGCGAGCAAAUCAGUGAGCUAGCAGAAGAGGAUGGUGAUGACACAGCGAAGGAGUUUGGCGACUCCGAGAGUGACUUGAGCCAAGUAUCGGCUGAAAGUAAUGUCUNNCCGAAUCGGAACAAGCCUCAGAAACACCCGAAGCUCAAUCGGAAAGGAUUGCUGCGCAAGAUUCAAAAGCCAACGAAAAAGACCCAAUCGUCAAGGAGAUUGAAGCCAUCGCUGAAACGUCUGAGUCAGAGCCUCAAGCAGAACCAGAGUCUCAAGCAGAGCGUCAAGCAGAACCGGAGACACAAGCAGAACCUCCAUCAAAACCAGAGUCACCAGCAGAGGAAGACAAACNCUUUGCUGGGGCUGACUCUCACGAUCCGUUCGAAAGUCAAUGGUGUGUACGUCGAGCGACCGGAGGACCUCAAGAAGAAUCAUGAUUGGUCAAUCGAGUACAGCCUAAACGAAAUCAAACCAGGCCAGGCAUGGAGAGAGUAUAGAGCAGCUCAAGCCCGGCGCAGAAGGACAUAUCAGAAGCUCAACAGCAGACUCGACAAAUCGGAUCCUGACAGCACUCAACUAAGCUACAACGAACAUUAUAUCAACAUGCUUAAGGAUCUGAGUGAGAAGGGCAGGAAGAUGAGGGCUGGCCUUGACCGGAAGGAAGCAAAUAAGCCGAAGAUCGUGGUCGGUAUGCCAUAUGACAAGCCUUCCAAGAGGCAGAUGGCGAAUACGGACGAUGUAAGCAUCGAGAGUGUGGACGAUUAUCUGACAUGGCUGUAUGAAGAAAAGAAGGCAUGA